UGCUUAUUUUGUCAACCAAAACCGGCCGGAACAAAACACGAAGAGUUUCUUUUAGGUUUAAACUUUUCAAGGAGUUCAUGUACGUGGCCGUAGGGUUUAGAGAAGGAUCUUCCGGCUGAGUGGCGCUGUUCUACCGGGUCGUUAUCAAGGACCUUAUCACCACCAAAGCCAGUUUAGAGGCCUGCUCUUCCAUAACAACGCUGUUACAACAUAUGACAUCAUAAUUUACGUCAUUAUAUAUAUACAAAUAUCGAAGCGACGGAUAUUAGUUUGGCCUGGGAAUGAGCGACUAAUCACAUCCUGACGCUUCAAGAUGGACUCGUUGAGAAUUCUUGGAUGCUUUUUCCUACUUUGUGGUUUAUUUUUCCCGACUGGCCAGUGCUUCCAGGGUGAGGACGGGCAACAGAUUAAGCCACUGGUGAAGGAAAAUGAGAGGAAACUCGAACCCAAGGAAAACUGGAUGAAAGCAGAACAGGAGGAUCUCCUUAAAUCUCUUCGUAUCCAAGACAACUAUGGCGUGGCCAAGAACACCAUUCUCUUCAUUGGGGAUGGCAUGGGCAUCUCUACCCUCACGGCCAUGCGGAUCCUAAAGGGACAGAAGAAGGGUAACCCUGGCGAAGAGGAAAGACUCAAUUUUGAAGAUUUUCCGGCAUUGGGCUUAGCUAAGACCUACGCCACAGACAGACAGAUUGCCGAGUCGGGCACCACCGGAUCAGCCAUUCAGACUGGCGUGAAGACAAGGUACAAUCUACUCGCCUACGACGACACGGUGGAGUGGGCGAACUGCUCCUCCGAGAACCCAGAGGCUCAGCUGCCCUCGUUGCGAGACUGGGCCGAGGAAGCAGGAAAGUCAACUGGUAUUGUCACAACGGCCCGUAUUAACCACGCAACCCCAGCUGGCGCCUACGCUAAGACAUGCUCAAGAAAGUGGGAAGAUGACAGCAACCUUCCCCCAGAUGCUCUGGGAAAAUGUAAAGAUAUUGCAGCGCAGUUGAUUGAGAGGGGGCAAAAUAUCACGGUCCUUCUUGGUGGUGGUCGUCGCGGCCUCAUGCCCGAGACUGAAGCAGAUCCGGAGUACCCGUCGAAGACUGGUAGAAGGAAAGAUGGGCGUAAUCUGAUCGAGGAAUGGAAGAAGGAUAAAGCUAACCGCCAGAUGAAGGCCAAAUACGUCUGGAACAAAGAGGACUUUGAUAGCAUUGAUGUAUCGAAGACGGACUAUCUGAUGGGGCUAUUUGAAAAUUCACACAUGAUGUACGAGUUAGACCGUGAGAAGGAUGCCGAGCCGAAAGAACCGAGUAUUGCCGAGAUGACCAAUAAAGCCAUUAGGAUGUUGCAGAAGAAUGACAAGGGUUUCUUUUUGCUGGUUGAAGGAGCCAGAAUAGACCACGGCCACCACGCGGGAAAAGCCAGGCUAGCUAUCGAAGACGGCGUGGCAUUCGAGGAAGCCGUCGGCGAGGCACUCAAACUGACCGACCCCAAGGACACUCUCAUUGUUGUGACUGCUGAUCACUCACACGUUUUCAUGAUGGGCGGAUACCCGCCAAGAGGCAACCCUCUCUUCGGUUUGACGACUGCUCUCCCGGGGCAAGACAAGGAACCGGCAACAGACAAGAUGCCUUACACAACCAUCGUCUAUGGUAAUGGACCUGGGUAUGCUCUCGGGGCGAAUGGGCGCGCCAACAUCACCGGAGUGAACACUUCGGAUCCGAAUUACAAGGCCCAGGCCCCCGUUCCCGUCGUUGACGAGACCCACAGCGCAGAAGACGUAGCUAUCUAUGCCCUGGGACCAAUGGCGCACCUGUUUCACGGUCUCCAUGACAACGCCUACAUCGCCCACGUGAUGAGCUACGCCGCCUGCAUGGGGCCUAACAAGGACCAUUGUGAGAAGCCAAAAGUGGUGACACUUCCGAGCGGAUUGACAUGCAUCACGGACCCAAAUAAUCUGAUCCAUCCACUAUUAAUCAGCGGCUCUGAAUCGGAUGUUACAAUAUCUCUAACGCUGGUCUUCCUCUGUGUUUCGCUUUGUCAAUUCUUUCAAUUUUGAAUAGCUGGAUUUAUAGACAUAACUUUUCCCACUAUGCAAAUGUAUUUUUCAGAAGUAAAUAUUGUGGAUAUUUUUCAGAAGUAUGUAAAAUU